AUGGCGCUAUACUGGUUCCAUGCUCAGAAAAUAAGUGGUCACUUCGAAGGGUGCGAAUUCCACCAUAUACCGCAGGCGGAGAACGAGGCAGCCGACACAUUGUCAAAACUCGGCUCAACACGACAGGCCAUCCCGGCUGGUGUGGCAUUGGAGCAUUUACGCAAACCAUCUAUCAAGCCAUCACCAGAGUCGGAGUCAAUCUUUAUCCCGGCGAGCUCAGAAGCUGAUGUCACCCCCAUGGACAUUGGCAGUGGCAGCGGUUCCAGUAACCCGGGGACUGAGCGCCCCAACUCGGUGGAAGCAAUGGCGGUUAAGCCAAUGGAGAUAGAUGUACUAGAUGAGCCGGUCUUUGCCACUCGUCCCAUGCCGUAUGGCUUAGUUGUGUAA